AUGAGACGCUUUGGUUACAGCUUUCGAGGCUGCCCAGCUCAAAGUCAAAGGUGGUAUGGCAAUUGGGGUCCACGAAUUACAGCGAUUCCUGUCAUAUGCUCAGAAGGGAUCAUUGAAUUGAACAUUCGUCGAGGAACUACUGAUGAAGAGAGCUUCCUGGCAUUUGUAAAUGAGAAGCUCAUCCCUAAUCUACAGCGGUUCGACGGAAUUAAUUCGCGCUCUGUGGUUGUUAUGGAUAAUGCUGCGAUUCAUCGCUGCCGUCGCGUUGUUGAAGCUAUCAAUACCACUGGUGCUCUAAUCGUGUUCCUUCCAGCUUAUAGUCCAGAUUUUAACCCGUGCGAAAACAUUUUUUCUCAAGCAAAGAGUUGGAUUCGAGCUAAUGAUGUUGUGUGGCAAGUGUGUCAUGAUCCAGAGGAAAUGGUUUUUGAGGCCUUUAUGCAAGUUUCUGAUGUAGACAUCAGAAACUAUUUACGAUUUAUUGGGUAUCUUUAAAAUCCAUUCUAACUUGGGGUCAGUGUUAUCUUGACAAUUUUCCCAAUAUGCUAUAGACUACGACACAAGAUAUCUC